AACGCCCAUUAUUGGCCCCGACGACGCUCUUUCGUAGUCUGGAGAAAUUCUCAAGACCGCAUACGGCUAGAGAAACUAUUCUAUAAAACACCAAAUGGAGUGACCAGAGUAUAACAAAAUUCCAUGGACUCCAAUCGUACAGGAGAUAAAACGUAAUAUUUCAAAACUUCGUUAAUGACAUUUGUGCGAAUCAAAAUACUGAUAUUGCAGUAUUUUAAUGGUGAAAUAACAUCGACUGUACCGUGGACAAUGCAACGAGAAAAUAAUUGGAAUUCCUUGGGUGGUGUUCUCUGAUCUUCUAAUAACGACGGAAGAAUUCGUCAUUGGAACUAUGAAGUGUAAAUGAUGUUUAAUUCUUUCUCGGGUGGAAGACAUUUUCAGUCAUUUUCUAAGAACCUUGAGGAUUUUGAUUCUAUACGGAGUGUACUUCUUUACAGUGACCUAGAGCCAGAAUGGCUAGAUGAUGUCCAGAAGAAUGGUGAACUCUUUUAUCUUGAGCUGAGUGAAGGAGAGGAAGAAGCUCUAUUGGGCCAGGUGACCGCCAGUCAGUCCGCUGCCACUAAUCACGUACGUUUCAGUGAAAAAGAGGUGGAGAUUAUCACAGACAGUGGUAAAAAGCAAGCGGACUCAAGCAAUAAAUCCGAAGCAAAGUUCAAGAAAUUUGCCAAAAUUCUGAGACGAAGGCAAUCAUCUAAAAAAAAAGCAGUGAAUAGAAAAGAGGGAGGAGCUCCCCAAUGCCCCACAUCCAUCCUUAAAAAUCAAGCAGGCCAGCGGCCUGGGGUGGUGGUACAUAAGCAGCGUCAGAAGGACGUGUAUGUGUAUCUGAACCCUAAACGACUAUGCAGCUCUUCGCACCCACCCCCAGAGAGAGGGGGUCUUUUGGAUACCUUGCUGGGUUUGGUGCAUCGGCCAGGAGGAUAUGCAGGGAAGAGGGGAGAAAAACUCACUAUACAUGCAUUGGUCCCUCACAGUCCUGCCAGCAAGUGUGCUGACAUUCUAAUCGGUGAUGUCCUGGUUGCUGUAGACGAUGUGGAUGUUACCUCAGAAAACAUUGAGAGAGUUCUGUCUUGUAUACCUGGCCCCACACAGGUGAGAUUAACUUUGGAGACACUGGGACCUGUCGAACGGUGUGUGCACUCUAGACUUAAGCCAUCUCCUCCGGUCAGCCAGCUGGUCAGACUGCUGUGGGGGGAGGACACAGUAGAGCUCGAGAUGUCUAUAGCACAUAUACCUCACAUAGUGAUGUACCUGUCACUCAAACUGGACUCCGAGUCGCCACAGGAAGAGCAGGAGAUCUUGUACCAGUAUCCGGUGUCAGAGGCAUCGGCCCAGCUGAAAGCAGUGAGAGGGAUUUUUCUGACACUCUGUGACAUGCUGGAAAAUGUCACAGGUGGACAAAUAGUCAGUUCCUCACUGUUGCUUCGUAAACAGUUGGUUCACGUGGGUUACUGGAAAGAAGGAUCCAAUCUACUGGUUUUAGGUGUGCCAGCCAGCAGGGUUCCUCUGCUGUACCUGCAGAAUGUGAUAGAGGGAGUUGUCCGAACACUGAAGGUCAUGUAUGGCUCCCUUGACAGUGCCUUUUGUGAGAUGGAAAACGGAUCUCGUCUGGAUCACUUCUUCUGCCUGUUUUUUCAGCAGCUUAUCCAGCCAUCCCAUUUGAUUGACAGCUCUAGACCCCCCACUCCUGACAUCUCAGGGACGCUCUUCUUAGACGGCUUACCAGCAGUUCGCUGGCUCACCUUACCAGCAGACAUAAAGGUUGAGGUGGACACUGUCCUCUCAGAUUUUGAGUCCUCUGAUUUUGGUGACAUGUCUGAAGACUUCUAUGGUAUGAGGCGUCUAUACGUUAUUUUGGGCUCUUGUCUGUUCUACAAGGGAUAUCUCAUAGCAAAUCACCUACCAAAGGAAGACCUACUGGAUGUCUGUCUUUACUGUCAGCAUUACUGUCUCCUGCCGCUGGCGUCAGAGGAGCGUGUGGGGCAGCUGGUGGUGUGGAGGGAGGUGUUUCCUCAACAGAGAGCACAGCCAAGUCCCGCCUGUAAUCCAGGCCACUGCGAACCACAUGGACGCUACUUCCUGCUCAUAGUGGGCCUGCAACACUUUAUGCAGUGUGUAUUGCUGGAGAGCGGAGGCUGUGCCUCACCUGCUCUUGGAUCUCCAGCUCCAGACUGCGUGUAUGUGGACCAAGUCAAAGCCACGCUCCUUCAGCUAGAGAGUCUCGAUGCAGGCAUUGAGGAGCGUCUGUGUGCUCCACCCACACCCUGCUUGUCAUGUGCCGAUUGGUUCCUUCCUGCGGGUGGACGGGAUCGACAAGAUGCCGUUGGAAGCUCACCGAUCCUUAACCGUUUGACAGCAGCCAUCAAACCCCCAUCUCCAGGGUCAAUUGGUCGAAAUCUGUUUGGGGAGAUGGGGUCGGGUUUAAGAGGACGAAGACCAAGUCCACAAAGGAGUCUGUCUGAUAGCGGGAGUGAAGGUCACAUGGAAGGGCCGGGGCCCUUUACUUCAGGUUUGAGUCCUUUUGCCACACCGGACACGGUGCGGAGGACGCCCACUAGUGGCACGCGAAGAGACUCCCUUGGGUCGGGCGGGUCAGACGGCAGUGGAGGAAAUGCUGGAUUUUUCAAGAUUCCACGUUUAAAGCAUCCUAACCCCUUCUACCUCGGCUCCUUGAAGAAAAGUCUGACAGAGAGGGAAACAGAGGAAAUGCACAAGGUUCUCAAACUUACAGCAGGUGCCGAAAACACGCUGUUCCACUAUGUCUUGAUGGAGACGGUGCAGGGCAUCUUUAUCGCACCAACACACAAAGAAGUACAUCAGCUCAGCGGAUCCAUCCACCCUCAACUCAUCCAGAACUUCUAUCGCUGCUGUCUGUCUAUACGGCACGUCUUCCAGCAAAGCCUCCCGACAAGGGAUCGAAGAGGGUCAGAGCGGCCACAGAGCACUCGAGGUUUAGGUCCAGUCAAAGAACACGGUGUUUUGUUUCAAUGUAAACCUGAAAGCUGGACGGAUCAGAAGAAACCAGCGCCCAUGAUGACAUACUGGGUUAUAGGACGGAUGCUUCUAGAACCAGUGCCUCAGGAGUUCUACGUGUGCUUCCAUGAUUCUGUCGCAGAGGUUCCAGUGGAGAUGGCAUUUAGACUGUCUUUCGGCUUGGCUUUGUGAUGUUCCAGAAUGCUAAAUGUCAUCUGUAACAAUAGCAUGUUCUGGUCUGGUACGGGAGGUGGUUGCACACUUUAAGGGAGAUAUUACAAGAAAUUACUUUACAUGUGCAAAAUGGGAUUUUUUUUCUGUUUAAGGCAAAAAGUGGCUGAUUAUGCAGCUGUCACAAAAUCUGAACACAGAAAAAUGUGUGGCAGUAGUUUUACACUACUGAGUUAAUAUUAAGCAGGCCAAUAAAUGCACCUGCAAC